UGCCGGAGUAUAUACCAAAGGCCUCGCUGCGGGGCUCCACGCUGAACUCCCUGACUGUGGCAUGGCACAGUCCGGGCCCUGCAGAGGCCCAAUAUGUGGCCCACUACCUGCUCUCUCUCACCGACCUGCGCACUGGGGCCGCCCAGCAGGUCCAGCAGCCGCUGGGCACCAAGGAGUUCAGGUUCAGCAACCUCAACCCCGGCACCCCGUACAACUUUGCGGUCUCGGCAUGCAUGGGCGUGUACGAAGAGCCACGUCGUGACUGCGGUCCCGCGUCGCCGGCGGUGGCGGGCAGCACGCUGUACGACCCGCCCGCCAGCGUCGAGGAGGUCGUCGUCACCUGCACACACAACGACUACGUUGCUGGAACUCGUGGAACAUAG